AUGGGCAAUUCAUCUUCAACCCAGUUUCGGCGAUGCGGCCUCUGCUAUUUCGAGCUCGAACCGGGUACACCAUACCUCAAAGACCCUCCUGUAUCCCGCCGCGCAAUACCAAGAUACCCACCGCAAGAUUGGGCCGAAGGGGCACUUGAUGAGGUGGUGUUUCCUAUCAAAACUGACCGGAUGAUAGAUGUUAAGACCACCCUCGACGCUUUUUUCAUAUCUUCGCGUCGAAAUUGCGGCGGUUGCGGGACGAUUGUAAAGCUCAUCCAGGACCAACUGAAACACAGUGGUUCUGAAAUAGACAAGGACGCACCCACGCCAUGCACUGUGAUUUGGUCGGUGCCGGACAAGAGUAAUGCCACACACUGCCUGCAUAUAUCUUUUAUGAGUAUGAAGAAUGGAAGCCUAUUCAAAGAGUUUCUUAUGCUCUCGGUAAUUGCGGAUACUCUUCCAUCCCCUCAUAUUUUCGCCAAGAAGGUGUCGCCUGGGUAUAAGUCAGGCUAUACGGGAUCGAGCUCUUCUCUUCAGAAGGCCAAGGGAUGGGUCGAGGAGUGCGACUCGUCGCACAAGGCCUGCCAAGAACAGCGCUUGUCCCAAUCACCAUCUUUUCCUCAUCGAGUCCUAGAACUCUCCCCCAACCAAAGCGGCGAGAUAACGGUUCGGUUAGUACAAGGUCUCAGCACCCAAGAGCCGUAUACCUGUCUGAGCCACCGUUGGGGUCCGUCGACCCUUCGCUGUCGAACGAUAACCGACACUUUAGAUUCACACUUGGAGUGUGUGCCGUGGACAAAAUUGCCCAAGUCGUUCCAGGAGGCGAUAUCCGUCACAGUGUACCUUGGCGUCAAAUACAUCUGGAUCGAUUCCCUUUGCAUCAUCCAGGACGAUAAAGAAGACUGGAAAAUACAGGCCGCCCAGAUGUGUAACAUCUACCGAGGCUCUUACUUAACUAUCGCCGCUACCAGUACAACUGACAGCGACGAUGGCAUGUUUUCUCAAACACCUGUCCUGGCAGUCCCUACGCCGAGCUCGGCUAAGCAACAGCUCUUCAUCAGAAAAUACCCAGGACACGCCUAUAGUGAUCUCAAAGAUAGCACAGACUUCCCUCUUCUCAGCCGAGGUUGGGUCUACCAAGAGCGGCUGCUUUCUCCCCGGACUUUGCACUUCACCAGUCACGAAGUCAGGCUUGAAUGUCUAAGUACCGAAGCACUUUGUGAGUGUGGCAUGGACUACAUCUGGAUAGAAAAGGGGGAGCAUAAUCAAAUGCUCGCGGAACAGGAUCCGAUGACCGUCGGAAACAGCUGGGAUAGUAUCGUCAACUGCUUCUCUGCUCUCAACCUGACCUUUCAGUCCGAUAGGCUCCCAGCACUGGCAGGUAUCGCAAGGCUGUACGGAAUGACUCACGGCCCAAUCCUUGGGCAGUACGUGGCGGGUCUUUGGGAACACAGACUCGUCAACAGCCUGUUGUGGUACACAGGAUCGGGAUCUAGUGUCAGGCGACCGGCCCAGUAUUCAGGGCCCUCCUGGUCAUGGACUUCGACUCCUUCAGAAGCGAAUUUUCCCAAGUUCCAAUGCGUGGAAACUGUUCUUGAACUGGUCAAGUUUCACAUUGAGCUAGCCGGUCCAGAUGAAUACGGCCCAAUCACAGAUGCAUCAAGUCUCACGCUUCGCGGCUAUCUUGUUAUGGGAUCAUGGAGGCCAGUUACCUCAAAUGGUGUGGAGAGGCCGCAAUUCUACGCGCAUGACGAUCCAGAGGAAUCGUACCACAUUCACCUGGAUUAUAACUUCAACGAGGGUGAUUCCCCAGGAUACAUACCAGAGGGCCAUGCAAUCUACUGCUUGAAAACAGGCUUUCUAACCGCUGGGUGUCAUGUCUGUUUACUUCUACGUGCGCUUGGUCAUGAAGAAGAUAAGUUCGAACGCGUCGGUCUAUUGAGGACGGUGCCGCGGAAGAGCGUUGACGAUUGGUUUGCGGGUGUUACCACUAAAAGGACUAUUGAAAUUUUCUAG